GAGAGAGAGAGAGAGAGAGAGAGAAUAAUCCCUACCUGAGUCUCAUUCACUCCUUCAUUAAGCAUCACUACAGCCACUGGAGAGACUGAGAAUGAAACCAAACCCUGAGCAACAGUAACACCAACAUUUCUGGGUUUUCAAAUAUCUUCAAAAAGCAUCCAGAAGAGCCAAUCAAGAAGGAAAUAUAUAAGGGAAUUAAAAACAGAGGGGAAAAAUCAAUUACAGGGUCCACUGAGGUGAGAAUGAUGCAGAGAACGGCACUGCUGGCAGUCUGCUGUCUGGUGCUGCUGGUAAAAUCAUCUCCACUUUAUCCUACACUCAGGUUUGGUCAGCGAGCGGCUGCAAUAUUAAUGACCUCCUCACUCGAGGAUCCACUGCAGCUGUCAGCCGACAGACCCUCCUCACAAACACCAGAUGUAGAGUUUAGGUAUGGAAGACAUGCUGAUGCCAUUUUUACCAACAGCUACCGGAAAGUACUCGGUCAAGUAUCUGCCAGAAAAUUCCUUCAGACGGUUAUGGGUAAAAGACUUGGAACAGAAACUAAAAACUAUGUAAAACGCCAGUCCGGUAUCUAUGGAGAUACCUACAAGCAAGAUGUGGAUAUGAAUCUCAUUGAGAAGGAACAAAGUUACAGGGAGCCACAAAGAGUUAAAAAAACACUUUUUCUGUGCCCUAUGUGUGCUUGUGCAAUGACACCAGACAUCGAAUGCUCGGAAAGUCUACCACACCAGUAAGGAGAACCUCACAAAGAAAUCUCAUAUUAAUAGUCUAUACGCCGUUUAAUUCUGCAAGGUUUUGUAUGAUCAGCACCUUAACUUACUGUAUUUUGUUACAUUAUUAUUUUCUUAAAAUAGUUGACUUUUAGCCACAUGUGCAUGACUGGCCUUUCUUCUUUUAACCCUUUACUUCUGUGCGUUUUAUUAAUUAACCAAUAACCACAAGCAGUGUUUUCCUUGUUUUA